CACUUCCUCAACAGAUCAAUUUUAAAUGUCGUAGGACUGGUGAUAAUCAUCAAAAUACGGUGCAGUGGGAGGGGACGGUGACGAUGGCGACGACAAAGAGAAGGAGGAGGAGGCCGAGAGGGAGCGACAGGAGGCAAUCCGGGAGGCUGAGGAACGGCGGAAGGAAAAGCACAGGAAAAUGGAAGAGGAAAGAGAAAAGAUGAGGCAGGAGAUCAGAGACAAG